UAACGGUUCACCCCAUCUAGGAAACCUGACCACACACACACACUACAAUGACGUCACACUAACCCAAAACUAUUUGUCCAUGCACAGAACACAUUCACGAACAACCCAAUAACAUUUGUUGUGCUUGGGUUGCAAAAUUACCAUAGUACAGUACCCUCAAACGAAAAUGUACCACUACACCUGAUGUCCCACUAAUGCUGACAUCACCCUGCUUUCUGAAUUGAUUGGAAUUUAAAUUGAAUUGACCCCAGCCCUGAGGCAUAUAGGCCUCUAUCACCGGAGUGGGAAAAAGCUCUUAUGUAUCGGCUAUGAUAGGAUGACAUUGGCUGAAAAGCCCAGCCCACUUUCACUCUCUCCGCUUUCGUCCACAUCUAGCCCUCUCUCUCUCCACAUCAUUAACCAUUCAAACCAGGUAGAGCGGCGGAAGCCAACCCAUGUCUGGCUGGUCGUUCCUUUCCGCUGCUAUUUGUGUGUGUGUGAACGCAGCGAGCUAACGAGGAUUGUGUGAGUCCUCGCCAAGGAUUAGCGGGGUUAACAUUAGAGACAGUGUUGCGGCAGCUGCAGUUACAUCAAAGGCUUUAGCUCGCUUUGUUGGAUGGUAACCGUUUAAUAUCCCUCGCUCUCUCUCCACUGUAAUAGCUGCUGCCAGUGCUACUGAAGAGUCGCCUUUUCGUCGCAUAGGUUACACCGAGGACAUUGGGGGUUUAAUUUUUCCGAACGGACUUAUAAAUGUCGGACCUCGUCGGAAUGAUGCACUGAAGAAGGACUAGGCUACAUGCAAGCGUCUGUCCAGAGGCUGCAGUAUAGCUGAGGGAUUGCGGCACACGGUUGACGUUUUUUUACGGUUUCACCGUCCAACAUCAGUGGUUGGCUAUAUAGGGAGAAUCGUGAAUCUCGAUCGCCCUGCGCUCGGCGAAAACAUAAUGGCCACUCUACUGCGUAAAAUCGGUCUGAUUCGUCUUCACGACCGGGACACAGAGGACCCCAAGCAUCACCAGGGCUCGCUAAAGGGGACCAAGGGGAACACCAAGAACAACACCAAGCAGCACUCUCAGACCACAAACGAGACCAACAACCUCCUCAGCACCCCCGAAAUCAAAGCGAAGAAGCUGGACCAGCACAGCAGCAAGGACAAACCGUCCGUAAAGGAUAAGCAACAGGGCAAGGACACCAAGGAGAAACAGCAAAUGGGAGGCGGAGGAGGAGGAGGUGGGAUCGGGGUUGGGAAAUCAGCGACCAGUGCCUCGAUACCAUCAGUAGCCCCUCACCGGCAGCACUGCACCCAAGUCCGGACGAGAAGACUCAUGAAGGAACUCCAGGAGAUCCGGCGGUUGGGAGACAACUUUAUAACGGUCGAGCUGGUCGACGACAACCUAUUUGACUGGAACGUCAAGCUCCACCAGGUGGACAAAGACUCGGCGCUGUGGCAGGACAUGAAAGAAACGAACACCGAGUUCAUACUGCUGAAUGUCUCUUUCCCCGACAAUUUCCCCUUCUCCCCGCCUUUCAUGCGGGUGCUCACCCCCCGGUUGGAAAACGGGUACGUGCUGGACGGCGGAGCGAUAUGUAUGGAGCUGUUAACCCCCCGCGGAUGGUCCAGCGCCUACACAGUGGAAGCGGUGAUGAGGCAAUUUGCCGCAAGUCUCGUAAAAGGGCAGGGGCGUAUCUGCAGGAAAGCAGGGAAGUCUAAGAAGGCGUUUAGCCGCAAAGAGGCGGAGGCCACCUUUAAGAGUCUGGUGAAAACCCACGAGAAGUACGGCUGGGUUUCCCCCCCUGUGUCUGACGGCUGAGGAAAGAGGUUGGCCAUGACGCUAGCUAGCCAUGCUAACCACGACGCACCACACCACGCGAAUUCAACUCCUCCUCCUCCUCCUUCUCGACCCUACAGCUCCACCGCUCCAGUUGUUUUUAUUUUUAUUUUUUGUUGUUUUGAUCACCUCACUGAAACUCUUCAGAAGAAUGAACGAACGAACGCUCGUCAUCGAGGUCUACUUCUUCACUUUGCCGAUCAUUGCCAUCAUCAAGUCGUCAUUUCUCCACCUCCCUCCAGUGCUGCACUCCUCUGUCCCUCGUUCCCGUUCCCUCCCUCCUCUUUCUCUCUCUGCGUUUAUCCUUCCUUCGGCUGAGUAGAGGGUUCAGAGCGAGGUGUGUGUGUGUGUGUCAGCGGAGGGUGUGUCAGUGGAGUGUGUGUCACAGCGGUCCAUGGAUUGGGUUUCCGACACGCACACACACCCACACGCACACACUGAGGGACAUUCAGACAGACUGUGUGUAGAUCUGCGGAAAGACUGUGAAAGACUAUUGAGAAGAGGGAGAUGUAUCCCCCUCUCCUCUCCCCCUUUACCCCACACUCCCUGCUUACCUUCCCUCCCCUCCUCCUCUCCUCUUCUCCUCUCAUCCCUCUCUCCAAGCUGACACCACACUACGCUGAACUGUAGUCAAACUUUCCAUCCCCUCUGCCUGCCUGAACAUUUACAUACAAACCAGCCUGUUGAUGUUUAAUAGACUGGUAGUGCAGGACGGCAGCUCACGUAUUCACCCCUUCUUUUUCUCUUCUUUUUCACUCUGUUCCUUUCUUUUCUUUUGACUGUGCUGUUUUUCACAGUUCAAUGCAACAUGAAGAUUGUAAUGUAUGUAGAGCUGUGCUCUCGCUCUCUCUCUCUCUUUCUAGCGUUCGUUCUCUCGCUCUAUCUCUCUUUCUAGCAUUCGUUCUCUCUCUCUCGUUUUCUCCCUCUGUGGCAACAUUUAGACCUCACUGUGUUGCGUACAUGGUUAUUGAGUUCUAAUGGAGAAAAAACCACUUGCUUUAUACCCAGAGACUCUGAACGAUGAAGAGAAUGGCAGCCAACUACAGCGCUCUUUCUCUGUCGCUCUCUCUCCCCCCCCCCACUCUCUCUCUGUCUCCUCUCUCUCUCUCUCCCCACUCUCUCUCUC